AUGGCCGGAGGCCCGGGAACGACGAACAACUCCGACAACUCCAACGAAAGGGAAUCCAGAUUCUCUGUCCCGCAAUGGGCCAGACCCGGUGACGGCCCGAGCGAACGCAUAGGUUGGCGCACCCUGCUGCGACGGCGACGGCUGUUAUGGGCUGUAGUGGCCGUGGUGGUGCUGGUCGCGGUUUGGAACAACUAUCCAUUCAUUCCAAACCUGUGGACACUGCUUUUCAGCCAGCCCUCCGGCGUGGCAUCGGCCGAAUCGGGACCCGGUCAGUGGGCGAUGCGUGGGGGCAGCCCCCAGGGUACCAACUUCUCCCCGUUCACAUUCGUCCCCGAAGGUAUUGUCGAACGCGCAAUAGAAGUGGACACGGGAAUCCGCUCAUCGCCGGUGGCGGCUGAUGGCGUCGUCUACAUCGGUGGGCAGUCGAGGAUGCUGGCCAUCGAUGCGGACACCGGGCAGCAGAUAUGGGAACAGCCGGUUAGCGGCCCUGCCCAUGGCGUCCCUGCCUUGGCGGACGGAUCGUUGUUCCUGGGAACGCUGAACAAGCGCGUGAUAGCCCUUGAUGCCCGCUCCGGUCGAAGGCUCUGGGAAUAUGUGGGUGAUUCACCCUUUCCGGGAACCGUUGCGGUCCAGGACGGCAUCGUCUACGCGGGCUCGCGGGGGGGCGAUGUCCACGCCAUUGACGCCUCGUCCGGGGAUCAGUUGUGGAAGGUGGGGCUGAAGAGCGCCGCGGUCGCCCCUGUGGCCGUACACGACGGGAAAAUGUUUGCCGCCUCCAGUGCGGGAAUCCUCUUCAUACGGCAUUCCGGCACAGGCGACAAGCGUGCCCGAAUCCGCACUAAUUCGGCGCUAGUUAGUCCCCCCACUGUGGCCGACGGACGCGUCUACCUGCUGUUGGACGGCAGCCUCUUGGCCUUCGAUUCCAAUAUUCGCGAACUGCCAGGGCGGUAUGCGUCCGAACUCAUUUGGGCCCAGCUAUGGGUGUGGGGGUUUCCUCUGCCCUCCCCGGCUGAACAUUCCGGGUUGCUAUGGCGUCUGCAACCGGGGAACGACGUGGGAGCUUUCCUGCAUACACCCGCUGUCACCGGGGAGGCCUUGUACCUGGGGACCGGUGCAGGCGAAGUGGUGGCCCUGGACCCGGAGAACGGAGACAUUCUGUGGCAGCUAUCCUUGGGCGAACCCAUUGCAGCCCCUGUCAUCGCAGCGGGGAACGUGUUGCUGGUUGCCCAGGAAAACGGCGCCAUCCGGGCGAUAGAUCGCUACAGCCAGGAGGAACUGUGGAAGGUCUCUCUGGAAUCUCCCGUGGCCGGGCCGCUGGGUUAUGCUGAAGGAAGGGUCUUCGCCCACACCCAGGACGGCAAGAUGUACGUAAUUCGAUAG